AUGUCUCGCGUGCUGGCUACUCAAGCAAUGCUUCUUGCAGUGGGUGUCAGUACGCAUCACAGCAUUCCAAUGGCAGCUGUCACUGCAUGGGUCUUGAAGGAUGGUAUUGGACAUUUGGUGGCCAUAGCAUUUGGAACGCUGAUCAACCAGCGGUUUGACUCCGAUCCAAAGCGCUUUCGCUUCCAAGCAGCCACGCUCGGGAAACUGGCCGACUCGGUGUCCAUCCUCACGCUGCAUUGGCCGCAGUACUUCCUGCCGCUCUCCGUUUUGGGCGGCGCCUUCAGCAGGUUGAGCACCAACAUGGGCGCGAGUUGCAGGGCCAAGGUCUACGAGACCUUUGCGCUGACUGGCAACCUGGGCGACAUCAUGAGGUGCAGCACGGCUCAGAGUACGGCUGCGCAGCUCUUGGGUACUGCCCUGGGUGCUGCUGUGGGCCCUUUCCUGGGCAGCAACUUGACGAUGCUCAUGUCUUGCAGCAUCUUGCUCUCGCUUGCUUGCAUGUCUUGCUGCUAUCGAGCGACGUGCGUGAUUCAGUUGUCUUCAUUGAACCGGCAACGUGGUGAGCUGAUUUUCCAAGAUGCGGCACAGCAGAUAUGCCGCUUCGAUGAGAAAGGCAUCCAGCCGCUUGAUGAUCUUCUCCGCAUGCCAAAUGUUAGAGAAGUGCAGGAGCAGGAGGUCUUUGUCAGCUCGUUUCGCUCAAAGUUGGCGUUUGGAUUGGAGGUAAACCCUCCAAUGGCUUCCUCGCAUUGCCUGCUGAUGUCCAUCCAGGAAGCGCAAGACUGCGCUUUUCUGCUGGCAGUACGCCGGCAAAGAGGGAAGGCCGCCAUAGCUUUGUGGUAUCAGUCAAAGGCUACGCCAAACGACGUGCUGCAGGGCUUCCUGCAGGCCAGCCUCAUGCGCCAGCUGCUGGUCCAGGUGCCAGGCAACUGGCCAGAUGGUGAGCUCUGUGCUCGCGCAAAGAGGUUGUCUCAGAGCUGGUGGCCAUAUGUGCGCGAAGCCAUUGUGUGCCAAGGAUGGAAUGUGGAUGUGUUGUUCUUGGACAUGAAGGACAAUCGAAUUGAAGUUCUCUGA